AUGGCUUCGUGCAGUAUCGAAGAUGUGCUUGCUAAAGCUGAAAGAGACGAGGCCGAAAAGAUUAAAAGUAUUACAGUCAACAAAGAGUUAGAUCUCGAGUUUGACCCGGGUAAUAUGCUCGCGUUUGAUAAGAACCGGAUAGAUACUCGGGAUUUUAAAGAAAAGAAACAGGAAGACUUUCUACGCUCUUUAGCCAGAGAUAAUACACAACUUCUCAUCAAUGAGAUGUGGAAACUUCCAACAGAGAGAGUUGAAGAGGUAAUCGUCGCUAAGCUCCCAGAGCCAACCACUCUAUUGCCUAGAGAAAAGCCUGCACCAAAACCAAAGCCUCCCACAAAAUGGGAACAGUUUGCCAAGCUGAAGGGAAUUCAGAAGAAAAAGAAGACCAACUUGGUGUGGGAUGAAGUUCACAAGGAAUGGAAGAGACGAUGGGGAUACAAACGUGCCAAUGAUGACACCAAGGAGUGGAUGAUUGAGGUCCCAGAGAAUGCAGAUCCCAAUGAAGACCAGUUUGCAAAAAGGAACAAAGCCAAGAAAGAGAGGGUGGCAAAGAAUGAGUUUAACAGGCUCAAAAACAUUGCCAGAUCACAGAAGAUCAAAGUCCCGGGCAUGGGGUUGGCACCCACCCCUCAGCAGUCAAAAGCAGAGUUGGCACAAGCUGUCAGUGUUGCAAAGAGAUCCACUGCCUCUGUUGGAAAAUUUCAGGAGAAUCUGCCCAAGGAGAAAACACCAAGAAACACUGGCAAAAAGAGAAAAUUCCAGCCUCUUAUUGGUGACUUUGGAAGUGAGAAGCGAAAACAACUGGAUUUACUGAAAUUAAUGGACAGUAAAAAGCCUCGCCUUGACAUCACCAAAGCUGUGAAUAAGCAAAUGAGAGAAGAAGAUAUGGAAUCAGCUAAAAAGGGUAAGAAACCCUUUGGAAAGAAGGGACGGAGAGGAAAUAUGUCUGGUAAAGGAAAAGGCAAUGCUGGAGGAAAGGGAAAGGGUCCCAAAGGCAAAGGACAACGGAAACCUCAGAUAAAAAGAGGAAAGCACUAAAGCACUUCACGGUGGAAUUGAAACUCAUUUAAAAAGCUUAGGUAUAUUGUAUACAUGAUGAAAACAUGUUCAGUACCAAGGUGCUGGAGUUUACAUACAUUAAAACCAGUUUGUAUUCUGGUUGUCACUGUUGUGUGGUUUCAUGUGAUGUUUAGAAUUCUCAAACUUCACAACUGUAAUUCAUGCAGAGAUGGAUAAAAUAUAAUUGUGCUUUUUUUCUAUUUGUUGUCACCUACAUUGAAGAAUACUCAAUUUGAUUUCACAAUAAAUUCAUAAUAUUA